UCCCCCUUAAUGCAUUUUACUGGGCAAUGGGCACGCCUUUUACUCGACACUUCUAUCGCCCGCCUUUUUCUUAUGCUUCUUUCGUCUUAUGGUCAUCAUAAUUCAUCUAUAGGCGAGAUCUGUUUCGCAAUUCUUUGGACAAUUUUGCUCUGAAACAUGUUGCUUUGGCGAGGGGAGGCGGAAGCGCCUUGCAGCGUUUUGACGUCCACCACAAAUGCCAACGCCGGACUACUCCCCCGUCCCGCAGGAUGAAGACCGCGAAUACAACCUACAGGCAGACGGAAAAUAUCCUCCAGAAGCCAUUAAACCCGUGACAUACUAUGACGAGGGCGAGUUCGAUCCACCGAGUUCGCCGGACGAUGAAGACGAGAUGUUGCUCGAGAAGAGCCUCUCUCGCAAGUCUCCUGGAGAUGCGGAGCAGCAGGAAGACAUCUUAGGGGAUGAAGACGGAGAACUGGUUGUAGGUGGGAAGAAGCAUCAUCGACCGUCGUCGCUGCGCUGGCUUGUCAUAUGUCUUUCGACCCUUGUAACUAUUGCUACAGUCAUAGGGGUAUUCGCCGCUUUGUCGUACAGAGGUACCUCGUUUCAGAUUCACGGGACGCAGCACAUCACGAUGGAGCACAUUUUUAACGGAACGUUCAGUGCUCAGACUGGUUCCGUGCGCUGGGUCCCCGAGGCUGGUGACGGUGUCUUUGCAAUCAGUCAAUAUGGUGACAUAUCCCUUGUGGACCUCAAGUCGAAUAAGACCACGAAACUAGUUACGAUGAGCGACGUUAGAGAUAUUCACGAUAUCCCUCUAUCGUGGGCUAGUUGGGAAUUAUCGUCGGACAUGAAGUACAUCCUCAUCAAGUCGGACCACGUCAAGUUAUGGCGGCACUCAAGUUUUGGCAACUAUUACAUUCACGACUUAACAAGCCAAACGACUCACCCACUAAUUGCUCCAACAAACCCGCCGCUGACCGCCUACGCCAAGUGGUCACCAACCGGACAGGCUAUAGCAUACGUUACACAGAAUGACCUAUACAUCCUUCCCCAUCCCUCAUCCAGCACGCCCAUUCAGAUCACUUCCUCGGGGAACGCUUCACUCUUCCAUGGCGUGCCGGACUGGGUAUAUGAGGAAGAAGUCUUCGCAGCCGAUUUCGCACUCUGGUGGUCGCCCGACUCCGCGAAGCUCGCGUACCUGCGCUUCGAUGAAACCGCCGUAGACGAGUAUACCUUCCCAAUUUACAACCCCACCGAGAACUCGUCCGAGGUCGUACCCUACCCAGGACACGUCACGAUGAAGUACCCAAAGCCGGGCUACAGCAAUCCGCUGGUGUCGAUACACGUCUUUGGGCUUGACCAGUACGAGAACAUGAAGGCUGCAGGCGACGCCGAAGCUGUCGCAGUCGCGCAGGCGAGCCUCGAGCUGACGUGGGAUCACCGCCUUGCACCCGAAAGUCGGGUUGUACAGGACGUCGCUUGGGUGAGCAAUUCUACGCUACUUGUAGAGGAACUGGGUCGUUCUGCUGUCAAUGGCAGCAUUGUGCUCUUCAAUUUCGAGGGGAGUGCUACUGGGCGUGGCCAGGUCGUCAGAACGCUCGGGCAGGAGGGCGAAGAAGGGGAUGAGGGUUGGAUUGAGGCCAUUCAUGCCAUCCAUCCCCUGCCUCCAAGCAUGUCCGCUGAAGGAACUGCUGGAUAUCUCGACAUUGUUCCCUCGAAGGAGGGUUAUAAUCAUGUCGCCCUCUUCCAUCCCCCAACAUCGAACACGCCACUAUUUCUUACUUCUGGUGAAUGGGAAGUUACAGAGAUCCUUGCCGUGGACUCUAGAAAGAGUUUGGUAUACUUCCUUGCUACAAACCCAUCAUCGUUAGAGCGCCACCUCUAUUCUGCCUCUAUACCCAAGACGAACACUACCAUAGUGGGACCGAACGCGUUGACCAGUCACGCAAUGCCUGGAUACUAUUCUGCAAGCUUCUCUCCACAGGCUGAAUUUUACCUGCUGACGUACCAGGGUCCGAAUGCGCCAUGGCAAAGAAUGGUUCAGGCGAACAACGCUUCGUUCAACUACCCUUUCACGGAUAAUAGCGCUCUCAACGCUACUCUCGCCCAGUACGAGCUACCCGUGAUCAGCCACACGACAAUUACGAACGACGGCUAUGAGUUGAACGUACGCGAGAUUCGCCCACCACGCAUGGACGACUCGGGCAAGACCAAGUACCCGGUGCUCUUCUACGUCUACGGCGGCCCAGGCUCGCAGCUGGUGGACCUCCGUUACGUUAUGGACUGGCAUCACUUCCUCGCAGCGUACCACAAGUACGUCGUCGUCACCGUCGACGGGCGCGGCACCGGUUUCAAGGGCAGGCACUUGCGGAAUCCUUUGAAGGAUAAUCUUGGACACUGGGAGACGGUUGACCAGAUCUAUGCUGCGAAGUUGUGGGCUGCGAAGGGGUACGUCGACCCGAAGCGAAUUGGUAUCUGGGGAUGGUCGUACGGAGGGUUCAUGAGCUGCAAGAUUGCUGAAGCAAAUGCUGGUGUUCAUUCGCUGGCUAUGGCUGUUGCUCCCCCAACAAGCUGGCGACUCUACGAUACUAUCUACACCGAACGGUACAUGGACCUGCCGCAAGUAAAUCCCGAUGGCUACGUCACGGCUUCCAUUUCGAACGUCACGGGCUUCCACAACAUUGACUUCCUCUUCGCGCAUGGCAGUGGGGACGAUAAUGUGCACUACGCCAACUCGGCACAUCUGCUCGACAUGCUUACUGCCGAGAAGGUGCGCGGGUUCCGCUUCCGGAUGUUUACCGACAGCGACCACUCAAUAUACAAGCGCGGCGCGAAUCGCGAGGUGUACGAGUUCAUGCACGAUUUUUUGGUUGAGAAGUGGGGCAAGGGGCCUAGGCAACGCGGCCUGUAGAUGUCUGUUGGAUUUGCGCUAGAAAUUGUCAUUUUCUCUUCUCUACGCUAAACAUUCAUGACAGGGGAGCGCUACGGGGUGGGAAGUUCCCGGCUUAAGUUGUAUCCGUGGCUAGUCGAGUGGUGGAAUAGUAUGAGGCUAGACUAUGACAAGGUGCAUCCCACACGCCCUGUACGUUGUUGAUACUGUUUGCGGCAGCAGAGGAUCUAUCAUCGUAGGUCAUUCACCGCGUUGGCUAAUCUGUUCCCGGAGAUCAUGAGUCUCAGCCAACGUCUCUCCCGAAGGGUCUCGCCACUUGCGCAUUAGUCUAGUAUCAUAAUUAGGCUCGUGCGCAGGAUGUCUUGCAGUCCAUCGGCUUCUACCGCGCAGAUGAAGCGUCCGGAGUGCCCUGCACAAGGGACUGUCUAGAAUGUCUCGCACCUGUCGAACAUCGAGUGUAUGCACGACACGUCCGGAGAUCACGAACGAUACCUGCAGAAUGCAGAAAGCGACGGCGACAGCGUGUUGCCUCCCCAUUCCCCGGAUGAGCUAGACGGAGAACCCCGCGCGAGAGGUCCCGCGUCGGGGAAAGAGAUGGCGGGGGAAACUGCUGGGGCGUGUGACGGGAGUGCCAAAUGACGAUGAAGCCGAGAGGGAGAUCUAGAGCAAAUGAGAGGAGCGCUCAUGGACUUCAAAUUGUAUGGCAGGGUUAAGGCGGUGCAUCCGAAUGCGGAACCUACUAUAGUACUUCAGUUUUGUGGCACCAACCCCUAACCCAAGUAAACGACGAGAGCAGACGAGAACACGUGACGAAUCUCCUGCUGGCUCUUUCUCACG